AUGCUAGUUGAGAAUGCCAAAGUUUACUCCACUCUUCCUGAGGGGCCACCUCGUAUACGGGCUAUGCGGCUAAGACCAGGGAGAUGCGAAGAAGAAAUCAUAUGCGACUUGAUUGAGGGACCUCUUUCGUUUGUAGAGUUUGAGGCGCUCAGCUACGUUUGGGGUGUAAGCUUACGUUCAUACACCAUCCGGGUCGAUGGAAAACCAUUUUACAUUCCAUACAACUUGUAUAGUGCACUCAAAGAGCUGCGCAACACUGAGCAUGAAAGAAUACUUUGGGUUGACGCUGUAUGCAUCAAUCAACUCGAUGACACAGAAAAGAGCACUCAAGUCCAAAUGAUGCGAGACAUAUAUUCGAAGGCUUCCAAGGUGGUGGUGUGGUUGGGCGAAUCAGCUCCUGCUACUGGUUCUAUGUUCGAGUUUGUACAGCAAUUCGGGGCUGCAAAGACCGAAGAAAUCGAUACACUCUGGGAUAAUCACACCAUGCAGCCGACAUGGACGGGCAUGUGGGCAGAAUAUAUCCGUAUCUUUAAGCAUGACUGGUGGGGCCGUGCCUGGGUUAUUCAAGAGGUAGUCGUUGGGCGUCAUGUGGUCAUACAAUGUGGUCCCUUCCAAGUGGAUUGGGAAGCUGUCCACAGAUUAUUCACGUACGGCCCCUUCGCGAACGACUGUUUCAGUAAUCACAGGCCCCCUUCGUUUGUUAAAUAUAUCCAAGGCCUCAGAGAAGAGGCAAAUGACGCUGAGGACUCCAACGUCACACUAGGUGACCUCGUUGUCCGCUUUCGACUACAAUCAGCCACGUUUGGAUCGGACAAGAUAUACGCCCUGCUUGGUUUACUACAAUCGGAUAAUCCUUCUCUAAUUACACCUGAUUAUAGCAAGCCGCCGGAUGAAGUAUUCCUGCAGUUUACCGAGUCUUGUCUAAUCCACAUGAAAAGCCUGGACAUACUCAGUUAUGCUCCUGGGGCGCAACUUCACGAUUCGAGUUGGUGUCGAGAUUGGCGACUCAACUAUGAUCAGCCGUUUAUGGUUACAGCCAAGAGAUUACUAGAUCUUGAAUCAUCCCGACCGUUCUCGGCAUCGGGACGCCAUCCCCCAUGCUUUGUAAUCGAUCUAGAGUAUCGUGUUCUGGCAGUCACAGGUUACGAGAUUGGCGUUGUAGCAAGAACUGGAAUCGUUGCCGAAAGAAACCCCUGGCAGAAUAUCGAUUGGGACCAUAUUUUGCGUAGCUGGGAGUUUGUCGCUGGUGAGGAGCUAGGGCACACAGAAACCUCAGCUCUGAGAGAAUCCUUCAACCGCACCGUGACUGCGGAUUGUUGGCAGAUUGAACCUACGGACUGGAGGAAAAGAUUGAAGACCCAGCAGGAACAUUCACGCGACGAUGAAAAUAUAGACUAUAGGCUCGCGGUGCGCAAUGCCUGUGUCGGCCGCCGAUUCUUUAUGACUGAAGAUGGGAGGUUUGGCUUGGGUCCAUGGGAUAUGAAGAGAGGAGAUACCGUGGCUGUUCUCUUGGGUGGAAAAAUACCCUAUAUACUGCGGCACUGCGCCAAUAGGAGUUCAGCAAGGAUCUUCUCUUCCACGUAUCACAAGCUCGUAGGCGAGGCUUUCGUGGACGGGCUAAUGUACCAAGAUGAAGGCUUACAGAAUAACUGCUUAAGGGACUUCCUCUUGAUGUGA